UGGAUGAAAUUUAAUUUAAGUUAUAAAAACCAUGAAAAUAGGUUCCCCUCGCAUUUAUUUGAGUUAGCCCAUACGAGGCCCAGUUACAAAACCGAAGGUGUGUUUCAGACAUAAUUCUCUUCAUCCUUCCAAAGAGUCUUUUUUUCUUUAUUUUAUUUUAUUUUAUUGAUUAUUGAUACGCACAUCCUUCCAAAGUCGUAGCACAACUCCUUGGCUCUCUCUCCGUUACUCAAUCUCGCCUUUCUAUCUCCCCUUUCUCUCCCUAACUCAUCAGCUCUACCCUAGAUAAAUUAUCAACCUCGUUCACAACUCAUCGGGGACCGGAGAUCGGAGAUCGUAGAUUAGGAAUUCCUUUUCAAUCAUUGGCCGCCGGAUAAACAAUUACUGCACUCACAACAGAUCAAAUGGCGUUGCAAGACAAGUUGGACAGGUUCAAGAGGCAGCAAGAGAAGUGCCAAUCAACCCUCACCAGUAUUGCAGCAUCUUCUAAACCUAAACCAGCUCAGACUCAGACUCAGACUCAAAGAUUCAUGCACGCUGAUCUUCCAGCCAGUGUCAAACCUCCUGCUCCUGCUGUCAAAUUUUCUAGCGAUACAGAUAGACUUCAACACAUUAACAGCAUUCGGAAAGCCCCAGCUGGAGCUCAAAUCAAACGUGUUAUUGACUUGCUAUAUGAGACAAGGCUAGCCCUAACACCAGAGCAAAUAAAUGAAGCAUGCUAUGUGGAUAUUAAUGCAAAUAAAACUGUCUUUGACAGCUUGAGGAAGAAUCUUAAAGUGAGCCAUGAUGGAAGACGCUUUUGUUACAAGUCUAAGCAUGACUUAAAAGACAAAAGCCAGCUUCUUUACUUAGUACGGAAAUUUCCAGAGGGCAUUGCUGUUAUUGAUUUGAAGGAUUCAUACCCAACUGUGAUGGAGGACUUGCAGAGUCUGAAAGCUGCUGGUCAGAUCUGGCUGCUAUCAAACUUGGACUCUCAGGAGGACAUUGCGUACCCAAAUGACCCCAGGGUUCCCAUUAAAGUAGACGAUGACCUUAAACUGCUGUUUCGAGGAAUUGAAUUACCUCGCGACAUGCUUGAUAUUGAGAAGGAUCUGCAGAAGAAUGGUAUGAAGCCUGCAACCAACACUGCAAAGAGGAGGGCCCAGGCACAGGUCCAAGGUGUUACCCCCAAGAACAAGACCAAGAAGAAGAAGCAUGAAAUCAGCAAGAGGACUAAGCUAACCAAUGCCCAUCUUCCAGAGCUAUUCCAGAACCUUAAAUAAUGAUAUUUUUUUUUCUGAAACUUAGGUCCAACCUUCAUUGGACUUGCAAUGAGCAAAGUUGUCUUUCGAUUGAUAUACAACAUAAUCUUGCUCUGGGUAAUGGAUUGUGUAGAUAUGAAUGAUAUACAACAAAAUCAAAUUAAUCAUUAUUGAGGAUUGAAUACGUUAUAGUCAAUAUUACUAUUUUUUUUCAAAAAACAGAGACUCUACAAAUCUAUCACUCCUUAUUUAUUUGUUCUCUUCUCUAUACACUGUACCAUUUUCAUCAAAGAUCAUUUCCGUUCUUCAUUGUGAUCUUCUUCCUCGUUGAAUAACUUCAUAGCCAAACUAAUGUGUUGUAGUCAAUUAUAUUUUUAGAAAUGCAAAUCAAUCUUUUCGUUGA